CUGGGUCCGCAGCCUUGGACCGCAACUGCAGGUUAAGGGCGAGGCGGCAAAGCCACGACUGCAGGCGAGCGCAGGAGCUAGGCAUCCACGAGGUGCCCUGAGGCCCUGAUGUCCUCACCUGCCAGCGCCCUGCAACCCCACACAAGCAGCCACCAUGCCAGUCUCCAAGUGUCCAAAGAGGUCAGAGCCCCUGUGGAAGGACUGGGAUGAGAAGGCCCAGAAGAACGGGCUAAGGCACCAGGUGUAUGCUGUGAACGGUGACCACUACGCAGGAGAAUGGAAAGACAACCUGCGACACGGAAAGGGGACUCAGGUCUGGAAGAAGAAAGGAGCCAUCUAUGAAGGGGACUGGAAGUUUGGGAAGCGAGAUGGCUAUGGCACCCUCAGCCUUCCUGACCAAGAGAAGGGAAAAUACAGAAAAGUGUACUCAGGCUGGUGGAAAGAUGACAAGAAAUCGGGCUAUGGGAUCCAGUUUUUCAGACCUAAGGAGUAUUAUGAGGGUGAGUGGUGUAGCAGUCAGCGCAACGGGUGGGGCCGCAUGUACUACAGCAGCGGUGACAUCUACGAGGGCCAAUGGUGGAAGGACAAGCCACACGGAGAGGGCAUGCUGCGCCUGAAGAAUGGGAACCGCUACGAGGGUGGCUGGGAGAGAGGCCGGAAGCACGGGCCCGGGCGCUUCUUCCACCUGGACCGGGGCCAGCUCUUCCAGGGCUUCUGGGUGGAGGGUGUGGCCAAGUGUGGCGCCAUGACCGACUUUGGCCGUGAAGAGGCCCCCAUGCCCACCCAGUUUCCCAUCCCUAAGCUUAAGCUUCUGGACCCUGACGCUGUGCUCCAGGACGCCCUGGCUGUAUUCUCUCGGACACAGGAGGAGAAGGAGGAGGAGCAGGAGGAGGGGUGCUGACGCCGGGUGAGGAGAGACCUCACCACCUAACUGCGGACCAGCUGCUCAGGCCACCUCUCUGGGCGAGCCUUGCCCCAUGCACCUCACUUCACAGCACUGGGUGCUCUCCCCAACAGAGAGGACAGUACUUCUCUCCCCAGCUGGCCUUGGGGACCCUCCUGUCACAGCCUUUGCCCCGAGCAUGCGGUAAAUAAUAAAGAAGCCCAUGGCUUCGCCUGGCCUGUGGUAUGAAGAAGGGAGGAGGCAGAAGGGGAGCAGAGGUCAAGUGAGAACACUAUGGUGGGCCCUGGGGGUCACCUGGGGGGUAGAGGGGGCUGCAGUCCCUGACCAGAGUCACCCAGGUAGGAGCCACUGGCUUGUACCCUA